ACCCCGACUUGUUUUCUAUUUAUUGUCCCCGACCCCACUCUGUCGCCCGACUUUCCUGGAAGUCCCACCCCCAGACAUGCUUCCAGGCCCUACUACUAGAAACCCUACGUUAGUCCUUCCAAUUCCCCGAAACUCCGCCUCCUAGCGACGAUUCUCCGCCAACUCCUGUCUAUCAAAAAGCCUAUCUCCCGAAAGGGCAGAACCCUGCCCCUCAAAGAACUAUUCGAAUUCAAGAAGCCACGCCUCUCUAGGGGUUCCUCCCCUCUAGAAGCCCCGCCCCCUCUUUAAUCCACGUCUGAGUGUCCAGAAGCCUUGCCUCCUGGGAGUCUCUCUGAUGCUUGCGUCCUGAGAGGGCCACGCCCCCUCAGGAGCGUUAUCCCUGUAGGACCCGGGUCAUCGCCUCAGAAGCUUUGUCUUCAAUCCCAGAAACUUCACCUGCUUAACAUUUCCUUGCUCUUUUUCUCUUUGGGGACUUUGGCUCAGUUUUCCUGAGCUCUCAUGCUCCACUGGGUAGGAAGUCAGAAGUUCACAUCUCUGGCUCUGAGGAGUAAGAGAUUAGAGGCAGCCCUUUUCCUCUCCCUUACCCCCUUCCAAGGGUGGACCUACUUGAAGGGGGCUGGACUUGGGGUUUGGUACGAGAGUGGGAGGGAGACUCGCUCAUAGAUUCCCAGCCCCACUACCAGGACCGACUCCACCCCAGAAACAGCUGUUUGUCUCAUACCUGUACGUCGGGAGCUGGGUAGGGCCAUGGAUUUGUUGGUGUGUGACAUGUGGGUGUGACAGGAGAGAAAGUUUUCCACCACCAGAAAACGGUGGCUUGGAGUCGGCGUAGGUAAUAGUGUCCUUUUUGCUGUUUGAUUUUUUUUUUUAAGGGACUCCUCAGGCCCCACCACUUCUCUGGCUCUUCCCCUCCCCCUAACCGGAGUUCUAGUCUGGGCAUUCCUCCUGGUCCCGCUUGCCCAGCCUUCCCUUCUGGAAACAUUCCUGAGCUUUCGCCAUUUCCUGCUACUUUCCGCCGCUCUUGCCUCCUCCUCCCUGCUGGGCUGAGAAGCCACACGCAGCUUCUUCCAGUCACCCGGAUUCCCAGUAGCAAUCUCCUUUCUUCCUACAUAAAUUUUAAAAGCCCUACUUCCUCCUUAUUUUCUAACAAUGCUCACACCUGUUGGUCGUUCCCUGCUUCUGGAUCCUGCAGGCACCCAUAGAAUGCCCACCUCUAAAGAUGAGGACAUCCUGGUGUGUGUGUGUGUGUGUGUGUGUGUGUGUGUGUGAGUGUGAUGGGGGUGUGAGGCUUUGGCAGAAUACUUUCCUCAUUCUCUCUAUGCCUGGGCGCUGAGUCUUUAGGAAACAAUGAUAGAAUUUCUUCUCGGGAGUGGUGCAUGGAGUGGCAAAGCUCUCCCUGGAGGACUAAGUGGGAGGUGAUAAGCACAGUAUCUAACAUGUUUUAAGUGCUAGUGUUGUUCAUUGCUAUAACCUAUGAUAAUUUGCAUCUUUUUAUAUCCUGAAGUAAAUUUAAGGAUAGGUAAUUCUGCGGUGAGCCUGGGGGGUUAUAUGUAUCUUUUACAACUACUUUUUUGGGUCACUUUCCAACUUCCUUUAUGGCCCCCUUGAGCAGAGCUGUGGAAGGAAGCUGUGGGCGGAAGGAAUGGGUUUGGGACUGUUCCCUGUGUCCAUCCUCAGUCCUUCUCCUGGCACCCCUUUCUCCUUAGCAGAUUUGUCUUCUGCCCCCUCUGUCCCUUCAUGGCCUGUAGCCCCCACUUCUCUUGGAGAACUGUUGCACUCUCCCAUUUCCUCCAGCCAGACUCUGCCUCUGGCGUGAGGGGCAUCAUGCUCUGUGGUGGACACCUGCACCCUUCCCAGUCACUACUGCAAGAGGAGGGGUAUGAGCUUACCCGCAGGUCCAGGGAGCUGACCUUAGUGUCAAUGCCCUGGCCGCCCCCACCCCUUCUACCCUUGACAGCUUGCUUCGCUGUGGAAAGGGGGACAGAAGAGUGCUUGGCAUGGGCCGCUGCUCCUUGGCAUGGUAGGCGCCAUGCAUGGAGAACAAGCCUCCACCAGCCUGUCCUCUGCUCCAGCUCCUGCCUGGUGGCUCCCUGAUGCACCACCCAGCCAUGGAUCUCCUGCCCCCCAAGCCCAAGUACAACCCACUUCGGAAUGAGUCUCUGUCAUCGCUGGAGGAGGGAGCUUCAGGGUCCACCCCACCGGAGGAGCUGCCUUCCCCAUCAGCCUCGUCUCUGGGGCCCAUGCUGCCGCCUCUGCCUGGGGACGAUAGUCCCACUACCCUGUGCUCCUUCUUCCCCCGGAUGAGCAACCUGAAGCUGGCCAACCCGGCUGGGGGGCGCCUGGGGCCGAAGGGGGAGCCAGGAAGGGCAGCCGAGGAUGGGGAGGGGAUCGUAGGGGCAGCCAUGCCGGACUCAGGCCCCCUGCCCCUCCUCCAGGACAUGAACAAGCUGAGUGGAGGCGGCGGGCGCAGGACUCGGGUGGAAGGGGGCCAGCUGGGGGGCGAGGAGUGGACCCGCCACGGGAGCUUUGUCAAUAAGCCCACGCGGGGCUGGCUGCAUCCCAACGACAAAGUCAUGGGACCCGGGGUUUCCUACUUGGUUCGGUACAUGGGCUGUGUGGAGGUCCUGCAGUCAAUGCGCGCCCUGGACUUCAACACCCGGACUCAGGUCACCAGGGAGGCCAUCAGUCUGGUGUGUGACGCUGUGCCGGGUGCUAAGGGGGCAACAAGGAGGAGAAAGCCCUGUAGCCGUCCACUCAGCUCCAUCCUGGGGAGGAGUAACCUGAAAUUUGCUGGAAUGCCAAUCACUCUCACCGUCUCCACCAGCAGCCUCAACCUCAUGGCCGCAGACUGCAAACAGAUCAUCGCCAACCACCACAUGCAAUCCAUCUCGUUUGCGUCUGGCGGGGACCCGGACACAGCCGAGUAUGUCGCCUAUGUUGCCAAAGACCCGGUGAAUCAGAGAGCCUGCCACAUCCUGGAGUGUCCCGAAGGGCUUGCUCAGGACGUCAUCAGCACCAUUGGCCAGGCCUUCGAGUUGCGUUUCAAACAAUACCUCAGGAACCCGCCCAAGCUGGUCACCCCCCAUGACAGGAUGGCUGGCUUUGAUGGCUCAGCUUGGGAUGAGGAGGAAGAAGAGCCACCUGACCAUCAGUACUAUAAUGACUUCCCUGGGAAGGAACCCCCUCUUGGGGGGGUGGUGGACAUGAGACUUCGGGAAGGAGUCCCCCAGGGGGCUGCUCGACCCACUCCACCCAGUGCCCAGACCCCUAGCCACCUGGGAGCCACGCUGCCAGUGGGGCAGCCUGUUGGAGGAGACCCAGAAGCCCGCAAACAGAUGCUGCCCCCGCCACCCUGCCCAGCAGGCAGAGAGCUCUUUGAUGAUCCCUCCUAUGUCAAUGUCCAGAACCUAGACAAGGCACGGCAAGCAGGCGGUGGGGCCGGGCCCCCCAAUCCUGCCAUCAAUGGCAGCACGCCCCGAGACCUCUUUGACAUGAAGCCCUUUGAAGAUGCCCUGCGGGUGCCUCCACCUCCCCAGUUGGUGGCCAUGGCUGAGCAGCUCCGAGGGGAGCCCUGGUUUCACGGGAAGCUGAGCCGGCGGGAGGCCGAGGCACUGCUACAGCUCAACGGGGACUUCCUGGUGCGGGAAAGCACGACCACGCCUGGCCAGUAUGUGCUCACUGGCCUGCAGAGUGGGCAGCCCAAGCACCUGCUACUGGUGGACCCUGAGGGUGUGGUUCGGACAAAGGAUCACCGCUUUGAGAGUGUCAGUCACCUCAUCAGCUACCACAUGGACAAUCACUUGCCCAUCAUCUCUGCGGGCAGCGAACUGUGUCUCCAGCAACCUGUGGAGCGGAAGCUGUGAUCUGUCCCAGUGCUCUCUCCUAGAAGAUGCCCUGCGACCCCUUCCACCCUAUUGCCCAAUUCUCAGGACCUCACCUGGGAGUGUUCUGUGGGCUUGGCCUUGUGUAGGGAUGGGGGUAGUGUGGACAUUGGGUUCAGCGUCCAGCUGAGUGAGAGGGUUUGAGUCAGGAGCCAGGGGUAGAGUCCUGCUUCUCCCCAAACCUCACCAAAGUAUUAAUGUACAGAGUGGCCCCCUUCCCUGGGCCUUUCCUGUGCCAACUUGAUACCCCCUUCCCCAAGGUGGGUGCUGGAGGCCUGGGCAGUAUGCCUCCUUGUAAUGGAAAAUGUCCUGUGGUGAUAGGCCCAGUGGAGCAAUCACCCUUCCAGGGAAGGGGAAUGAAUCACACCCUUAGUCCACCCCUGGGCUCAGGGUACCCCAGACCCCUCUCAACAGCCCUCCCUCCCAGCGUUUAAACUUUGUGCCUUUGACCAUCUGCUAGGUCUGAAGCUAUUUUAUGCAAAGAGUUCUUGGGCCCCUGAAGUCAAGCAUGGGGGUGCUGACACCUUGGCUUCUGGGACCCCGUCCUCUCCUUGCUCAGUACCCCCUCCCCUUUAGGUUGGGUGAACAGAGGCAGGAGUGGCAGCUGUCCCCUCUCCACCGGGAUAUGCAGCCCUUAGAGAUUGCCUCAGAGCCCCCUCCCAGCCAGUGGGGAGAUGGACCUGCCUCUUGCUCAGUGCCUCUUGGGUGGGGCCCCUCACCCCAGGGGGUCUAUAUAUACAUUUGGCAAGUCCAUCCCCCCCCCCCCAUGUUGCAUGCAUGUUAUACUCUAGAGCCAAAGUACAGCCCUUCCUCCUGUAGCCUCUGCCCUGCCUCCCCCUGCUGGGGUGGUGGGGGGAUGACUGAAGUGUCAUCCUAGGUGGAUUUUGUGGAGGUGGGAACAGGGGCACUGAGACUCUAAAGCAGUAGACAAUCCCCAGAUACCAUCGGUAGAUUUGGAACUGCGUUUUUUAUUUUAUAUGCAUAUAUUUUAGGGCUGUAGAUUUACUUUACUAAUUUGUUUUCCAUAGCUUAUUCCUGAGCACAAAAUGAUAAUAAUCGAUUUAUACAUCACCUUUUUGACUUUUCAAAGCCCUUUUACAACUAUUGGCAUUUUCCUCACCCUGGCCUUUGCCGGUAGCGUUAUCUUUUCUGAGAGACCAGAGGCCGAGUGUGAGCUAGGACUAGAGAAACUUGGACCUCCCACCGCGAGGCUGGGAGGCAGAAGUUUGGCUGAAUGGCUGUUAGUUUCACACGGGGCGGGCGGGGGCGGGGGCUUGGGGACACUUAAAACCUGCAGUUAUUGAAUCCCUUCUCCAGGCCGGGUCCUGCCGCAACGACAGAGGAGCCGGCCCUGCUCUGUCAUUAGGCCUUGUGGAUAAGGGAGCGUGGACUAUCUAAAUCCUCACCUCCCUUUUUUUUCUUUUCUUUUUGUUUGGAUGUUUUCACGGGUCUCACUUAUACCAAAGGGAAAGAAUCUUCAUUAAAGUCCAUAUUUCUUCUA